CAAAAUUUUAAAUUAUGAAUGUUUCUUCACAAAAUUUUGUUGGCAUGUAACAAAUAUAAAUCUAACAGCCUGCAAAUUCCGACAUCCAUGCAAAAUGGCCGACUGGAUUAAAGAAUCAGGUCCAUCUGAAACGAAUCGUCGGUCUUCUUCCCGGUUAAAGUUCUCUAAAUAGAACCACACGAGCAUGAGCCGAAGGAACGGUGACCGUGUGAAGUCAUCUCGAGUUGCAAACCAUGAUAUCCUCCUGCUGCCACCGCUCGCUACCCUCCUCUCUCCCAACGAGAACAAAUGCACAAAGCUUAUGCCACCGACGUUCGACAAUAUUUUUCGCCGCGGGCGACCGCUAUAACGUUCGCAGUGAGGCCGACAACAACGGAUCUUCGUUGAAGUUCGUUCAUCAGAUUCUGCUUCGAUCCCUAGCUGGGUUCCUCUCUCUGGCCUUGGUUUCGUCCAAUUAUCUUUCACCGCUUGAGGUGGUGUCAAUGCCUUCUCCUGCCGGCGUGUGCCAGGAAGAAGAAGCGGCGGGGGAUGAAGUUUCGUCGGCUUCGGUGACCAACGAGGAUCUCGUGGAGGAGGCGUGGGAGGUCGUUAAUGAGAGCUUCAUUGGCAACGUUGGUCACCGGGCUUGGUCGCCAGAGAAGUGGCUGAAGGAGAAAGAAUACAUCUUCCAAAACAACAUCCAAACAAGAUUCAGAGCUCACAAUGUGAUCCGGAAGAUGUUAGCUAGCCUUGGAGAUCCAUAUACUCGGUUCCUUUCUCCUGCAGAAUUCUCUAAGAUGGCAAAGUAUGAUGUUACUGGGAUUGGCAUUAAUCUGAGAGAAGUUCCUGAUGAGAAUGGUGUUGCAAAAAUCAAAGUUUUGGGUGUCAUAUUGGAUGGCCCAGCAAAUUCUGCUGGUGUAAAACAGGGUGAUGAGCUCUUAUCCGUCAAUGGGCUCGAUAUCAGGGGGAAGUCUGCAUUUGAAGUAUCCUCCAUGCUACAAGGUCCAAAGGAAACAUUUGUAACCAUUGAGAUCAGGCAUGGAGAUUGUGGCCUGACACAUUCUAUUAAAGUCCAAAGGCAAAAUGUUGCUCGAACUCCAAUAUUUUAUCGUCUGGAGAAACUGGGGAAGGGAAAUGUUCCUGUUGGAUAUGUACGCAUAAAGGAGUUCAAUGCAUUGGCAAGGAAGGAUUUAAUCAUUGCAUUGAAAAAACUUAUUAAUUCUGGUGCUUCCUACCUGGUUUUGGAUCUUAGAGAUAAUCUUGGUGGCCUUGUCCAGGCUGGAAUUGAGGUUGCCAAGCUUUUCUUGGACAAAGGAGAGACGGUAAUCUACACUGCUGGCAGGGAUACUGAAGUGCAGAAUACCAUCACUGCUGAAACUUCGCCAUUUUGUCGCCAUCCAAUCAUAGUUCUUGUGAAUAACAAAACUGCAAGUGCAAGUGAAAUAGUUGCAUCAGCAUUACAUGAUAAUUGCAAAGCUGUCCUUGUUGGGGAGAGGACUUAUGGCAAGGGACUGAUACAAUCCGUUUAUGAGCUCCUUGAUGGAUCUGGUAUGGUAGUCACUAUUGGCAAGUAUAUCACUACCAACCACAUGGACAUAAACGGAAAUGGAAUACUACCAGAUUUUUCUCGAUUUUCCAGCAUUAAAUGAAGUUUCAAACUACCUUUCCCGGUGCCAGAUGCAAAGGGUGGAACGAGUACAGGUUUGAAUUAAGCUCAGGUUUCACUCAAAAACCCAACGAGAUAAUCAGCCAUCUUUCUAGGCUAAAGUGUGGCUUGGUUGGAAGUUCAAUACUUACCGAAGGAUCCAUAGCAUAUUUCAUUUUUAGGUGUCUUGGGUAGUUACUGGUACUGUUCCUUGUCCAUUUGUAUAGUGGUUGAACAGGGCGCAGUGGUAUUGAGCAGAUAAAGCUAAAAACUAUUUUAAACUAGAAAAGUUUCAUUUACUGUCAUACUGUCUUUUGUUAUAACUUUAGCAGCCCCAUUUAUUUAUUUAUUUAUUUAUUUUA